AUGCUUGAGGAUAAAAGUUUAAAAAUAGAAGAUGAUUCUGACUUGCCAUCAUGGUCAGGUGAUGAACGUGGUGUCAGGUUUCUUAUGAAUGUUGAUAUCUUUGGUGUUGUUGGAGAUGGAGUUUCUGAUGACACAAAGGCCUUUGGAGAUGCAUGGAAGGAAGCAUGUUUUACAGAUUGCAUUCACGGGAAGCAGUGCAAUAUAUAA